AUGGCUUUCCUAAUGAAAAGUAUGCUGAGCAACCAAGUGAAAAAUUUAGGACUUGGUGGAGGGGGUGAAGAAAGCAAGGAAGACUCUGCGCCUUCUGACCCAGCCGCAGCAGCAGGAAUGACCCGGGAGGAAUAUGAAGAGUAUCAAAAGCAAGUGAUAGAAGAAAAGAUGGAGCGAGAUGCUGCCUUUGCACACAAGAAGGCCGAGAGAGCUGUCCUGAGGGUCCAUUUGCGAGAGAAAUACAGACUCCCAAAGAGUGAAAUGGAUGAAAACCAGAUCCAGAUGGCAGGAGAUGAUGUGGAUGUACCGGAGGACCUCCAGAAAAUGGUGGCAGAAGAUCAGGUAGAAGAAGAAGAUAAAGAUUCCAUUCUUGGACAGCUUCAGAACAUCCAGAACAUGGACAUGGAUGCUAUCAAAGAAAAGGCUCAAGCGACCUUCACUGAUAUUAAACAGGCAGCUGAACAGAAGUGCUCUGUAAUGUAG